AAAUUCAAGAUCCUUCCACACCCCUCAGUUCUCCCAAAGAACACUCCAGACAAUUUCCCCCACCCUAUUUCUCUCUCCUCUCCGCAUCCCAAACCCUCACUCUCUCUCUCUCUAGAACUUUGAGUGUGAUUCCUGAUUCGAAUCAAUGGCGAAGUACGGCGAGGGCGACAAGCGGUGGAUCGUGGAGGACAGGCCCGACGGAGCUAACGUCCACAACUGGCACUGGGCGGAGACCGACUGCCUUGGCUGGUCACGUGACCUCCUUGCUAAGCUCCUCAACAACCUCACCAUCCUCGAUGGCGAAGGCAACCUCCACCUCAAGACCAAGACCGUCGACAAGGUCGACGGCGAGGCCUACGUCAACGUCCGGAAGGGGAAGAUCAUCCCGGGAUACGAAAUCAGCCUCAAUCUGUCGUGGGAGGGGGAGGCGAAGGACGGCGACGGGAAAUCACUGCUGAAGGUCGACGGAGUUGUGGAGAUUCCUUAUAUUUCAGACGAGAACGCCGACGAGGACCCGGAGGUUAAGAUUUCGGUGAAGGAUGAGGGGCCGGUUGGGAGGAGGAUUAAGGAGGCGAUGGUGGCGAAGGGGAAGCCUUUGAUUUUGGAAAAGGUUAGGGUCUAUGUGGAGAGUAUGGCGAAGGGCGGGCCUGCGAAGGAGGAAAUUGAGGUUAAGAAGAUUGCGCCGAAGAGUAAUUCGACGGCGGCGGUGGCUGCGGCGGCAGCGAAGGAGGUAGCUGUGGAGAAAGGGGAGGCGAAGAAGGAGAGCAAGAAAGGGUUUAAGACGAUUAGUUUGACAGAGAAGUUCAGUUGCAGGGCGAAAGAUAUGUUUGAGAUUUUGAUGGAUGACAAUAGGUGGAAGGGUUUUACGCAGAGCAAUGCGAAGAUAAGCAAGGAGGUUGGAGGGCCGAUCAGUAUUUUUGAUGGGUCGGUGACCGGUUCGAAUUUGGAGUUGCAGAAUGGGAGUUUGAUUGUGCAGAAGUGGAGAUUUGGGAGCUGGCCUGAUGGGAUUGACUCGACGGUGAGGCUUACACUUGAAGAACCUGAACCUGGUCUCACUGUUGUUAAGCUAACACAUACGAAUGUUCCUGAGGAAGAUAGAUAUGGGAAUGCGACUGUGGUGGAGAAUACGGAGAGAGGAUGGCGGGAUCUAAUCUUCCAGCGGAUAAGGGCAGUUUUUGGUUUUGGCAUUUAAGAUAUUCAAGUAGGUUUUCUCUUGGAAUUGUAGAAUUUGAUGGUUUUGGAAGCGUGAAUUCAAUGUUUGGAAUUAACUUACCGGGUCUAAAUGCUUUGAAUCUAAGACAUUGAGUCCAAUGUUAUAAUGUUGUGCACUGUCAUUGAUAAGCAGAUUUUCUUCGUAAUGAAUUGUCAGUCCUCUCAAGACUUUAAUAACUAAACUUCUUGUGUUAGUAUGA